UUUAAUAAGAUUUUUUUAUUAUAUUGAAAAUAUAAGUUAUUGUAUGAAUCGCGCGGUAUAACUAUAAUCAACAGAAGAAUCAAAUCAGCAUUCAGCAAAGUUAAACCCUAAAUCGAAAAAUUGGAAACCUUUAUUUUGAUCUAUCAAUAACAUGCAACAAUGCCGCAAGUGAAGGUCGUGGCGAGGAAUUUCAUGGACAUGGUGGCUUCAUUGCCUAUAAUGAAACUCGACAUGCUUUACGACAAUUCCUUUAUCUGUGAAGCCAUUCUUAGGAGUGGAAUUGCUAAAUAUCAAUAUUUUCAAGCUGUUACUCUCUGUUUAUUGGUGUUGCAAAUGCGUGUGAAAUGUAGACAAUACCCAUCCACAAUCUUGUUAUUACUCAUUGGAGUUUUUCCAUUUGUAGUUUAUGCCCUCCGCUUCAUUGUGCAACCAAGAAACCUUUCUCUGUCCCUAAUUCAGAAGUUCAUACCUAAAAAGUGGAGGCGUGUUCGAGAAUCAGACCCCCGAAACUGUGGCCAAUCCUUGCCGUGUAGUUCUCAUGAAUGUAUUUCAGGGCCUUGUAACGCAAGAAAUGAAUCUAUGGUGGAUUGCCUAAUGAUGACCUUGAAGGACUUUGUGGGCCAAGGACGUUUUUGAGGCUGCAUGCGAUUUUGCCAGAGAAUAUGGAGCAUUUCUAUGGGAGGACUCUAAGCGAAUGCAUCUCAUAGCUAAGGCUGAUAUUUUGAAUGAGAUGAAGGAAUUUCUUCGUCGUCAAAAGCAAUAGCACUUUUCUUUUCUGACUGCCUUCAUUCAGUACGGUUGAUGAAAGGUUUUUCAUCAGUUGUCCUCCGGCGAUGCCAUUUUUCCCAGUUUAACUUGUACAUGAAUUUUGUUGUAGGUGUAUGUUUUCAUCGUGCUUCGAAUGCCUUCUUUAGGACACCUUGUGAUAUCUGUACUAACGACUGGAUUACUAAAUCAUCUUUGACUUGCAAAUGCUCUUUGGUUUUGGCAGUGAUUUCAGUGACAAAUGUAUUUAGCUUUGAGAUUGAGUGAUAAGAGCUAACAAAACUGUGUUCCGUGAUUACCAGCAGCCAUCAUGUCUUCUAAGCAUCUCAAUAACAGUAGCUGUAAUUUGAAUUCAAUAGGAAGAGGAAAUUUUUUUUUCCAGUAGAAUACAUAGCAAACUGAAGGGAAGAAAAAGGAAUACACAACAAAGUAAAGAGAAAAAUGUUUAAGAACACAAAACUAAUGUCAUUUUUACUUUCUAAACUCCCUGCAAAGUUGAAACAUGACUAUGUCUACGUAUCUUUAAUUUAAGACCACAAAAUUUAAAAGUAAUUUUUAUUUUCUUCAACUUAGUGCGAAGUUAAACAUGACAAUCAAGUUGAUACAGAGGGAAUAUUAUAUUGCCACGACGAUGAUCUUUAUCUUUUCCAAGUAUUUCAUUUCAUCAUCAUCAUAUUACACUACAAAAACUAACUAUUUGGGGUCAUGAACACCGUACUGCAUAGUAUCAUUUUGGCAAUAAUAUAUCCCUAUCCUGCCUGAGCUAGCUCUACAAAAUCUUACGUUCAUGAAAUUUUGAAAAUAGACAGUCGUUAUCUUUGACCACAUCUUUGGACAAAGGCCUCUUUGCUUAUAUAAGCACAAGAAGCAACUCAUAAUUCACUAGGUACUCCAAGAAAGUAGAUUGAACAAUGAGCUCUUUCUUAGAAAUUUCCUUUUUUUAGCCUAUCUGGCCAAUUUUUACAUAUCAAGGCAAGCCACCAUCACUAUCAUUUCUCACAAAUUAUGAAUCCAAACAGUUAUGUAUUUCCAUGCAUUAUUCAAAGUUAUCCUUUCAAACAUAGGGAACUAUUCACCUAGCAAGUGAUACAGUUUCUCUUCAAAGUUGAAGAUGAUAAAACCUGUAAGGAGUUACCUGCAAUUGUCACUCAAGAUUGCAAACUUCACAAUCGGAAUUAUGGGCAUUGCUAUGCUUAUUUACAGUAUAUGGAUGAUUAGGGUUACUAGCCAUCAUCCCCUGAUUAUGCUCAGUUUCCUUGGAUUUACCAGAAGAUCCAUCAGGAAGGUUUCAUGAUUUCAAGGAUUUUGUGAACUCGAAUGACGAUGUGUGCCAAUCAAUAGCCUUGCUUUGUUUUCUAACACAGGUAGCAAAAAGGGAAAAAAGCUUCAAGAAAUUUCAGUAUGUUUUUCUCGUCUCGAAUUAUGUUUACGCGAUUCUUAAUAAAUAAAAAUUGAUAAUAGGCAGGGGUGUGGCAUUUUAUUGGCUCCAAUUCUAAGAGCUGUUGGGAAAAUUAAGGAAAAUAGUCAUGAGAAUGAGGAUGAAUAUGCAGAACCAACAGCUCCACUUCUGAGACCUCCAGAACUGCCACCAAAUUCUUCACUGUAUCCAUAUGUUAUUGGUGAACCAGUUAAUAUCGAACCACAGUGUCUACAAGAUUGUUUUGAGUUCUGGAAGAUGAAGAUGAAGGUUGGAAAAUCUUGUUAUUUUUGGCUUUUGAUGUUAUUGAAGAUUUCAAGCUUUUGCAGAAGAAGCUGAAGUGUGAAGUGUUGAGGCAGCAUUACAAGUGGCAUAACUAAAAUAGUGAACAUGAAGUUUGGAGAUUGGUACUAUGAUAUAACCUGCUUAGGUAGAAUUGAUCAUGCUAUGCAGCUUCUCCAAUUGCUUAAGAUUGAAGUUUAUCAGAAACAGAUAAUACCAUAUUGUAUAUUAGAAAGUAGUAGUAGUAUUUUGCAAGUUUUAUGUUGAGUGAUGUUGCUUCAUUUAUCACAAUGAAGUAUAUUUGUUGAA